CUUGUUAGAUCCCCACUAUAAAAGUUUCGAUUUUCUUCUUUCCACCUAGUGUCCUCCCAAAAUCAAGGGUAAGGGUAAGGCUGUACUAGAAGGCCGUGAUAACCUAAGCGGUCGCCAGAGCCUCAGCCUCAGCCUCUUCUGACAGCCGCGUUUGCUAUUUACAGUACCUUGAGGGUACCUACAUCAGGGCAACAAGUACAACUUCAUCCUCAGCACUUCAGAGCCAACUCACCCUCAUCACCAUGGCAGACUUGAGCACAACACCCGCCAUUCCAACGCGUGAGCAAGCUCAAGCCCAAGCUCAGGUCCAGCCUCAAGUCACCCCAAUGGAGGCUGUUACUGCUACCAAUCCCCAACCCUCACCUUCAGUUCCGGAGGGUAUCAGCGCUGGUACUUCCCCCCCCAGUAACACGAUUGCGAUACCCAUAGUAAACACGCUGAUAUAGGACACUAACGCAAAUAUCCAGACGAAAUCGCUCUCUACGAUCGUCAAAUUCGUCUUUGGGGUGUCCAGGCUCAAGAAAAGAUUCGAUCCGCCUCCAUCCUCCUCAUCUCCCUGUCUGCCCUUUCGAACGAAAUCGCAAAGAACCUCGUACUCGCCGGGAUAUCCACUCUCACCGUGGUGGACCAUGCUACUGUCACAGAGGCCGACUUGGGCGCUCAAUUCUUUCUUUCGCAGGCAGACGUGGGCAAAAACCGCGCAGAGGCAGCAGCACCGCAAAUCCGCAAACUAAAUCCCAGAGUGAACGUGGUGGUCGACAUGGACGACAUCAGGACCAAGGAACAGGAUUUCUUCUCAAAGUUCGACGUCAUCAUUGCGACAGACCUGUUGCCAAAGAGUCUCGAUUUGAUAAAUACGAUUACAAGGCUCCAUGGCAAACGAUUUUAUGCGGCCGGCGUGCAUGGAAUGUAUGGCUUUAUAUUUUCCGACUUAAUUGAGCACGACUACUUGGUCGAGCGGGAGAAGGGCAACAAGAGUACGCCACUGGGCAGAGAGACGAGAUCAAGAAGUGUCAUCGACGUGAAGGAGAAGAAAGAGGGCGUCAAGCAUAUUGAGUUGGUCACCAAGAGAGAAAAAUACGCUACAUGGAUGCUGUCUAGCGACACGGGUAGCCUACCUCCAGAGGAUUUUUUGAACCGAAGAAACCGACUCAAGGCUGUCACUCCCAUUCUGUCCUGUUAUCGAGCCUUGUGGUCAUUCUUGCAUGCCUCCGGCGGAAGACUACCUAGCACGAGUGAGGGUUUGAAACAAUUUACAACUCUAGCAACACAGAAGCACAAGAACCUAGGUCUCCCGGACGAAACACUACGAUCCGAGGUUCUUCGAAAGUUCUUGGGGAACCUUGGUAGUGAAAUAGCCCCCGUCACUGCAGUUCUAGGUGGUCAAUUGGCCCAAGACGUCAUCAAUGUUCUUGGUGCCCGCCAACAGCCGAUUCAAAAUAUGGUUAUUUUCGACGGUGAUUCAAUGGAUGCAUCCCAAUAUGCUUUACACCCUGCUGAGGGUGACCUGGGAAGAGGAUUGUUACCAAUGUCGGAUAGAGCCAAUGGCGCGUUGUUAAACCAAUUCAAUGGCGACCCUGCAGCAAUGAAUGGUAGUCUGCCAUCUUUCCAGACUAUUUCAACAUAACCACUCAUCGUGCGACAACCAAGAUCCUAGCUAGGGGUCGGCUCUGUGCGUCGCAAUCGGGUGAUUCCAAUCUUGUAGAAUAUAGAAUGGGUGGGUUCCAAAAAGCAUGGUAGGAAACCCUGGCGUUCCUCUUAUGGAUGAUGAUAAGUUGGCGGAUAAACCAACCAAAACAAAGCCUCUCAAUCGUAAUCGUCUGAAGCAUUUCCAUCUUUCUCGUCCUCUAUCCCUC